AUGGCGAAACAUAAAGGCAAAGAGAGACCCACAAGUUAUCGUUGUGAUCACUGCAAGAAAGUCCUCACCACUUCAUCAGGUCUGAGAAAACAUAAAAUGACUCACACUGGAGAUAAACCGUUCACUUGUGAUCAGUGUGGAGCAGCUUUUACCGCAUCAAGUAGUUUAAGGAAUCACCAACGUAUUCACACUGGAGAUAAACCGUUCACUUGUGAUCAGUGUGGAGCAGCUUUUACUGAGUCAGGUGGUUUAAGGACUCACCAACGUAUUCACACUGGAGAUAAACCGUUCACUUGUGAUCAGUGUGGAGCAUCUUUUACCACAUCAAGUUAUCUAAAGAUUCACCAACGUAUUCACACUGGAGAUAAACCGUUUAGAUGUGAUCAGUGUGAAGCAGCUUUUACCCAAAAAAGUAAUUUAAGGACUCACCAACGUAUCCACACUGGAGAUAAACCGUUCAGAUGUGAUCAGUGUGGAGCAGCUUUUACCACAUCAAGUCAGCUAAAGAUUCACCAACGUGUUCACACUGGAGAUAAACCAUUCACUUGUGAUCAGUGUGGAGCAGCUUUUACCAGACGAGAUAGUCUAAGGACUCACCAACGUAUUCACACUGGAGAUAAACUGUUCACUUGUGAUCAGUGUGGAGCAGCUUUUACUCAACAAAGUUCUCUAAAAAUUCACCAACGUAUUCACACUGGAGAUAAACCGUUCACUUGUGAUCAGUGUGGGGCAGCUUUUACCCAACAAGGUAAUCUAAUGACUCACCAACGUAUUCACACUGGGGAUAAACCGUUCAGAUGUGAACAGUGUGGGGUAGCUUUUGCUACAUCAACUCACCUAAAGAUACACCAACGUAUUCACACUGGAGAUAAACCGUUCAGAUGUGAACAAUGUGGGGCAGCUUUUACCCAACAAGGCAAUCUAAUGACUCACCAACGUAUUCACACUGGAGAUAAACCGUUCAGAUGUGAUCAGUGUGGAGCAGCUUUUACCACAUCAAGUGAUUUAAGGACUCACCAACGUAUUCACACUGGAGAUAAACCGUUCAGAUGUGAUCAGUGUGGAGCAGCUUUUACCACAUCAGGUGGUCUAAAGAUUCACCAACGUAUUCACACUGGAGAUAAACCGUUCAGAUGUGAUCAGUGUGGAGCAGCUUUUACUGCUUCAAGUAGUUUAAGGUGUCAUAAACGUGUUCACACUGGAGAUAAACCAUUCACUUGUGAUCAGUGUGGAGCAGCUUUUACCAGACGAGAUAGUCUAAGGACUCACCAACGUAUUCACACUGGAGAUAAACCGUUCAGAUGUGAUCAGUGUGGAGCAGCUUUUACUGCUUCAAGUAGUUUAAGGUAUCAUAAACGUGUUCACACUGGAGAUAAACCAUUCACUUGUGAUCAGUGUGAGGCAGCUUUUACCACAUCAAGUCACCUAAAGAGUCACCAACGUACUCACACGAGUGAUAAACUGUAAAGAUGUGAUCAGUAUCAAGUGUGUAAUUGCAAAAAACACCUCAGCACAGCAAAAAAAAGCUAAAUAAUCAGACAUCAUAAUACCGAAACUUGAAAGACUAUCAUAUGAUGUCCCCUGGACACCUCCUGGGAAGGUGUUCCUGUCAUGUCCCACCAGGAGAAGAUCCAGGAUACACCGGAGGGAAUGUCUUUUGGCUGACCUGGGAACGUGUCUGGAUCCCUCCAGAAGAGCUGGAGGAAAUGUGUGGGGUGAGGGAAGUCUGGAAAUCUCUGCUCAGACUGCUGCCCCCACUAACCAGUCCCACAUCAAGUGGAUGGAGAUGGAUGGAUGGAUGGACAAAAUCCAUAUAUCUGCAAAAAGCACAACUUUGUUACACCAUACUGAGAUACAGAAUGUAAUCCGACUAUAGCAUUAACUAUUCCACAAAUACUGCAUUAGUGCAUCUCUAACAUAUCUGCCUUCCUCCUCUCCACCCCGAGCCACUGCCACCACUGGCUGAAGUGGUGCUGCUGCAGAUACAUCCUAUGAUGUUUCUUACGUCUUUCCAUGACUUUCACACAGAUUAUGCAGUGGACAGGAAGUCAUCACCAUUCACUUCACUAGUCGGACAUCACAGAAGGCAACCUGCUGAAUUAAUCUUCCACAACCACUCGUGCUCGGUUGACUUUGUGCUUAAACGCAGACUGUUCUGCUGUCAGUCGUCCAGUGUAAUGGAAUGGUUUCAAGAGCCAGUCCUGCAAAGGAUAAGUAGAGUCUCCAAGAAGGAAAUACCCAGCAGUCACUGUAUAUUCCUGAUGUGAGCUAGGAAGAUGUUCCUCCGACUGGCUAACUCCUGUGUAUGUAUUAUAUAUGUAAUCAACCAUUUGUCCUUGAGAGCUGAACUUUCAGGAUCGAUUCCUUGAAUGCUUUGCUAAAUUUGCCCCUUUUUUAACAUUUCUUGAUAUUUUGAUGUUAAAUCCACUGUUUUUGGCAAUUUCUGUACAUUUAAUAAAUGUCAGUAGCCUUUUACCUGAAGUCUCCAUUAACACCAAACUUGGCACAAUUAAUUUUUUGGAUUGUACUUGUCAAGCCUAACAGGUUUGAGGACGAUUUGUCAAAAAAACGUAAUCGUACAGGAAUAUAUCAUGUUUCAUAUCAUAUUUACCAAAAAGAUCAUAACAGUGUUAACAUAUGGAUAUUUAGUAAAAUCCAUGAAUAGCGGAAAAAAAACGUCAGAUGUUCAAAAAGUGAUUUGAACUUUGAAAAGUUGUGGUCCUUCACGCACACAUCAAGGCUGGCGUAUACACAUUUCUGAGGUCUUCUCCAUUGGUGACACUCACUGGUAAUGCAGUGAAGUCCAGUAUAUGAGGAAACAUGAUAUCAACAAUAAGUUCACGACCACAUGAAGGACAUGACAGUCCCCACAUCACCAGUGUUGUGCUACGUCCAGUGAUCAAGUGAACUCUGAACUUAUAAAUGUUUGUGAACAUUUUGUGAACGUGUAUUUCAACUUUAAAAGUCGGUUCAAACCCGACCAGCCUCCUAAAAUGGCCGCCUUGUCCAGAACUACAAGACCAGCAUGCUUUGGGGGCGGUGCCUAAAAGCGGCGCGCAUCCAAUCACAAGUGAGGUGCUGGUGACAUUGCAGCGCGCGUAGGACAAAACGCCGCCGGUGCCACAGUUUAACUCCCUUCCUUCUUCAUCAGCCAAGCUGGUCGGUUCGUCCAGCU